UGCUGCUCCUUUGCGCCUCGUCUCCCAGCUCUGAGCACUGGCCGUGCGCCCUGCUCCUCCUCUUGCCACCGCAGCUUCUCUGGGAAUGCUGCGACUUCCUCCUCGCAUUUGAACGUCCAACUCCAGCACUUGGAGAGGACGCAGAGCUGGACCUUUCCAUGCUGGCUUCGACGCACAUUUUUACGCAUGAAUUGAUGCGCUCCCAUCAUUCCAGGUGGACCGCGCGGAUUUAAGCUUCUGUUACAUGCUGCCAUCUGAAGGAAUCCCAUAAGGCUUGGAAAAGAGAGACUAAUGUGACCCCUGGACCUCCCUGCUGAGCGUCAUGGGAUGUGGCACUUCUGUUGCUACUGAAAUGCAAGUAAAGCAACUGGAAACAGAUGAAGCCGUUAAAAGCCCCAGCCCGGCUCUCACAAUGAAGGCAGCUGUUUUGAUCCAGCGGUGGUACCGGCGCUACAUGGCCCGACUGGAGAUACGAAGGAGGUACACAUGGAACAUCUUUCAGUCCAUCGAAUAUGCCGGCGAACAGGACCAGCUACAGCUGUCCAGUUUCUUCACUUAUAUGCUGGACAAUUUCACCCACCUUAACGGAAACGGGCCUGACCUGAUCUCCCAGUUGUUGGAUCCCGUCAUCGACCCCUGGUUAGACAGAGAGACCUGCUACAAAACAAUCCCCAUCCCAGAGUCUUACACUGGACCUCGUAUUUUGUUUCCUCUGUCUGUCUCUGAUACAAACGCCCUCCUGAGUGCUUUUAAAGAGCAGCAGAUUCUACAUGCCAGGUAUGUCUUGCAGCUGCUCUACGAGAGCAAAAAGCUCCUCAAACAGAUGCCAAAUAUUGUCCAUUUGUCAACGUCCUACACCAAGGAGAUCACCAUAUGUGGUGAUCUGCACGGCCAGCUGGAUGACUUGCUUCUGAUAUUCUAUAAGAAUGGUCUGCCUUCUGCUGAGACACCCUACAUCUUUAAUGGAGACUUUGUGGAUCGUGGGAAAAAGUCGGUAGAAGUGGUAAUCCUCCUACUUGCCUACCUUCUGCUUUACCCAGACCACAUGCACCUGAACCGAGGAAACCACGAGGAUCACAUCAUGAACCUCAGAUACGGAUUCACAAAAGAAGUUACGCAGAAGUAUAAGACUCAUGGCCAUGAGAUCCUCCAGCUGUUUCAGGACGUUUUCAGCCUUCUGCCCAUCGCAACAGUCAUUGAUGCAAAGAUCCUCAUUGUGCACGGAGGAAUUUCAGACCAGACUGAUCUGGAAUUGCUCAGCUCCAUAGAGCGGCACAAGGUGAAAUCUGCCCUGAGGUUUCCUAGACGCAGUUUGGAGCAGCUUGACAUCGGUCAGUCCCAUCGACUGGGCAAAAGAAUGAGGUCGACGGACAUUUCUCGUCCCAGCAGCAGUCGUAGCUACAAUGGGAACCACAGGACCCCCACUCUGAGAAAGAGGAGAUGCAGGCUGAGCUGGCAAGAUAGCGGAGCCUCCACUUCGUCAUCUUCAUCCUCAUCGUCGUCCUGUUCUUCGCUCUGCUCUCCUCGAACUCCCUCCUGCAUCUCACCUCAAACGUACCCCUCAUCUCCCAGCACACCCUGCAACAUCCUCCAGGUGCCUUUCCUGGACUCUCUGUCCUCUGUUCCUCUCCCAUCACCUCCACAACAGGAACGGGAAUGGAAACAGAUUGUGGAUAUAUUGUGGAGUGACCCUAAAACCCAGGAAGGCUGCAGCCCCAACUCUUUCAGAGGUGGAGGCUGCUACUUCGGCCCUGACGUUACUCAGAGGCUGCUGCACAAGCACGGACUGCAGCUGCUCAUCCGCUCUCAUGAGUGCAAACAGGAGGGUUACGAACUCUGUCAUAGCGGACGGGUGAUCACCAUCUUCUCAGCAUCAAACUACUAUGAGGAGGGAAGCAACCGUGGUGCUUACAUCAAACUGGGAAAGGAACUGGUGCCUCGCUUCUACCAGUACCAAGUCAGCCGCACAACCCGCAGGCUUACACUGACACAGAGAGUUCGUGCAGCUGAAGGCUCUGCUCUCAGGGCUCUAAAGGAGAAACUGUUCGCCCAUCGAUCUGAGCUGAUGACAGGCUUCCUGCAGUACGACCCAAAUGAAACCGGUUGCGUGUCAAUCGGUGAAUGGGCCAAGGUGCUGGAGUCUGUCCUGAGACUGGACUUACCCUGGCGGACACUUCGUCCACACUUAGUCCAUCUGGCACCAGAUGGCAGUGUUGAGUAUCAGUCUUGCUUUGAGGAUGUGGGACCAGGAGCUCCUCUGCCUCAGGUUGCUCCCAACUUGGCUGAAACUCUGUUCAGAUACAGAACCGACAUCGAGAUCAUUUUCAACAUCAUAGACAAAGAUCAUUCAGGUCUGAUCUCCAUUGAGGAGUUUCGCCACACCUGGCGCCUUUUCAGCGCUCACCUGGGAGUUGCCAUUGACGACAGAGCCAUCGAUGAGCUGGCCCGCAGUAUCGACUUCAACAAGGACGGCAGCAUAGACUUCACAGAGUUCUUGGAGGCCUUCAGGGUGGUGCACAAACUGGACAUUAAAGAUCAUCAUCUGAGUGAAAACGUGCAUAAAGAGAAGUUUGUUUGAGUAUUUGAAAGAAGGCAAAAGAAAAGGAGACAUAAACUCGAUGCGAAGAGAUACACCUGCACUCCUCCAAACGACUGCAACCUCCAGUGUUGAUUUUUGAAGGUUCUUUUAAUAUCUGCUAUUUAUUUGUUUUGUUUAAAUGAAAAAAAAAGAAACCUGCAAAAAAUGAACUUUUUUUUUCUUUCCUACAUUUACAAAUUCACAAGCAGUAUUUAUCCAGAACCACAUUUCCCAUGAAUGCAAAAAAAAAAUUGCUUCCUUUGAGUCAACAAUGUUUAUUUUUCACAAGUGUUUCAAAGUGACUGCUUUGGUGUAUGCUUGCAUUGUAAUUGGCUCCUAUACUCUGGUUUUCUACCUCAGUGAUUACAGAGCCGGGCAUCCUGUCAGCUCGGGAGUUGGAGUUUUUUGAAGCAGUAGGUUUUAGACGUGUGUGAACACAAAGUCGAUGCAAGAAGUGUAGAAACUGUUUUAGCAAAGCUGACUGCAAUAUAAAGAGGUAAGGCUGUCUAAAGACAGACUUUGUCGCUUCUGUAUCUAAUUAGCAUUUGUGCCGUUGCUUCACUUCCUGCUCCCUACUUCACCUGAUUCCUCUGGGAUUUUCAUUCUUCUGGACUCUACUUUUUCAAAGGCUUCCUACUUGCACUCUCCAAGUCUUUUUUUUUUGUCUCUGCUCCUCCCAUCUUCCUUGCUCAAACAUUCAUAGAGGUGCUGCAGUCCUGAUGAUUACAGUUAUAUCCCGAGCGCACAGUCAGACAGGAGCUCCGAUGGGACUCCUGGUGCCACUGGUCACUUUGGCUCUGGUCCAGGUUUCAGUGCUUGGAGACACGGGAUGCAGUGGGUUUAAGAAUCUGGGCAAUGGACAGACAUUUUUCCGGUAUGGUGGACUCAUGGUGAUCUUCCGCUGUCAUCCGGGAUACAAGCUCCAUGGACACAAAACCAACAGCUGUGUGUCUGGACACUGGUCUCGAGAGCUCCCGGUUUGUGUUGGUUCAGGGUGCUCCCAUCCAGGCUCGAUCAACCACGGGACAAGCAGGAUGAAUGAGGAUGGCUCCUGGACAGAGUUCAGCUGUAAUAGAGGCUUUCGCUUACACGGCCCUUUAAUGAUAUACUGCAAGGGCCACACCUGGAACAGCACAAAGCCAGUCUGCAAAGAGGCAGACAUUAUGAGCUCAGUUUCACUCAGCAGCCUCUACGACUUGAACGCGCUCCAGAAACUCCAGAUUUCUGCAGCUUUAAAACAUCAGCUCCUCCACUUCAAAGCUGUCGGUGGCGGGGCUUCCAAAGAAGCACGCCUCAGAUUCGAUCGUUUGCCUUACGCGCCAUUCAAAAUGUUAAAGGGUGAGAGAUAUAAUCUAACAAACCCAAGAGGCGACCUCAUUGAGCGGAGUCAGUGUUCCAGCGAUGGGACAGAGACAACCCAAGGAACCAGAAGGUUUGGCACUGUGGCGCAGACUUCACAUGAUUCAGCGAGAAAUUUGGAUUAAGCUACACAAAUGUUCUCCUCAGAAGAUCAUUUUCCUCCCACUGUCCGGUCUGCUCAUCAAACAGAGCGUUCAGCAUACGAGCCGCGUCUUUCAACCACACCUGCACCAGCUGGUCCCGCUGUUACUGCAGCACCUGCAGGUGGAGCUCUGCACCGGUCCACUACUUCUUCCUUGGCUUCAUCCUCCUCCGGUCCCAGUUCCACCCAGUCCAGCACACAAACACAGAUCUCGGAUAACGUCACCUUUCUUUCAGACGUCUCCAACUCAACUGACUUGAGAUCCUCCUGGAGGGAAAUUCACAACUUCACACAGUCCAGCACCUCAAAGCCAGUUGUGCAUGUUCGAACUAUGUGCCCAUACCCACCUGUGCCUCUUCACGGGACGUUUUACUUCCACAAUCUAGAGAACCCAGGCCCCAGUGAGUUUAAAUAUUACAUACAGUACGCCU